AUGCUUUGUGCGUUCCAGCUGCUGUAGGGUUUGUUAUUAUUUUCACCGGCGUACACCGAAGCUUACUUGGGAAGAAGAAUAGCGACUGAUAUUAGUACACACAGCGUUAAUAUCAGUUAACGAAUCAUAAGAAUAAAAACAUAUCUUACGAUUAAAUACUAUAGAUAUUUGAAUCCGUCUCGUUUUUGUAUGUUAGCCACUUUUACUUCGCUUUCGUCAAGCCUGGACACCAGGGUGUACAUAACCAAUGCACCAAAUGCAAGGAUUGUUGUGGCAAUAAACGUUUUUGCCCAAAGACUAUUCCGUAUUUUACCCCUACGGGUUUCCCCUAAUAUUUUAUGUUAACAGCCUUUUUGUCGCAUUCGGGAUGGAUGAUGAAGCAUUCGCAGACAUUAGUGGCAAAGCCAUAUCUCUGGACUGUCAGAGUCACUCUAGUUUCUGCAGGGAGUUCACGGUCAGCUCCCCCAAAGUGUCCAUCAGCAAGGUGUUGGGGUACACCUGCGUUGUUUGGCUUUUAGCAUACACCGUGUUCUUCUUCACAGAGAACACGGCUGUUCUGUCCAGUGCUAUAUUCAUCACCCUGGUCGGGAUGGUGCUUCACAUCCACUUUGUGAAAGUUGACCACGAGUCCCUGCUCGUCAUUGGCUCCUUGGGCAUUCAGGUGUCCUCCAGCUACGCCUCAGGCCGCGAGACCACCACAUUCAUUGAGAUGAGCAAGAUCAAGGAUAUUGUCAUCAAUGAAGCUAUUUACAUGCAUCAGAUCAUCUACUACCUUUGUGUACUGUUGAAGGACCCCUCAGAGCCUAAUGCAGUGUCAAGUGUUGUGCCGUUGUUUCAGAGUUCAAAACCGAGACUAAACUGCUUGGUGAAGGUUUACAAAAGCUGUCAGGAGAUUCUUUCAAAAUGCUGAUGACAUGCAAGUUACUUUCUCCUCUGGUCUGUUUUGGUAAAUCUUAAUUUGAUUUGAUGUACAGUGUAUUUUUUAAUGAUUUUUCUUCGUUUCUCACCUGUAUGAAUACACCCAAUUCAUGUGAAUGUAAGCUGUUGCCAUAUAUUAA